AUGGUUCCUCCUCCAAUAAUUGGCGGUUGGAAUGCCGAUUCCGACAGCUCGGAAGACAAUCUCGAUGAUGAAAAACCGAAGUCUGAGAAUAUUCCCGACCUAGUUUGCAUCACGCCUGAUGCAUCGCGCGGAUAUACUAAUAUGGGUCCAAUAGAAGUAGUGCUCGCCGUUCCUGCCAAUAGCUAUUCGGAUGUGGAAGAGCAGGAGCAGCGUCUUAGCUCUGAUAGAUACCAGAAGCUAAAGCCUGUAUGGUUAAAGGCUACUAUAUAUAAACAACAUAUUGGCACCGGCGAAGAGACCGGAAAAUGCGAAAAUUUGAGAGACGUAAUUAGAGCUCGUGGAAAACGAACGGAGAAAAACGAACCAAUGGACCAAUGCGGACACAUUGUGGCAAACACAUUAGGCGGGAGGAUGCUUGACAUCAACACUUUUCCACAAAAUCCAGCCCUUAAUUGCGGUCACGAAGGAACACAUUUGCUUUGGCGAGCAUUUGAAGUCCUUAUGAAACAGUGGCUUCAGAAAAUCCCGGAGAAAUAUAAUCCAAGAGUGAAAUUUAUUGUGAAACUCUUUUACGACGAUCCAAAUUAUCCUGAUCGACCUAAUAAGUUUUUCUACUCCAUUCAAUUCCUAGUGGACGACGAUGAAGAUAGUGAAACGGACGAAAAUGGCCAGAAGAAAUCCAUAUCUAUAUCUCAACUUCUGCGUAACUGUAUACAUACAAUUUUCGCAUGUCGAGCGAUGCAAUUAAAUACAAUCAAGGAAAAAGUUAAGAAAACAAUCAAAUCAUUAAUAGGAAGAUGCAAAAAAAAUACCGACCAGUUAAUGAAAGACUUGUUUUUGGCCAUUGAUGAGAUCAAAACACCGAUUGUAAGUGAACUGUCAUAA